AUGGAUCGUCCAGAGCCAGAAAGGACAGAAAAUUGUUCGAUGUGUUUCGCUAAAAUCUUAGACGGCGAUUUAAUAUCGCAUAUCGUACGCUACCACAAAUUCGAACGACAGUUUCAAGUUCAAUGUAAACACGACGGAUGUGGUACAACUUUCAAUAAAUGGAAGACAUUUCGCCAGCACCUUUGGCGAAAUCACCGAAAUAAUGCACUCGAGACGGUGGAAGAAAUAGAGCCUGUUAUUCAUCAUCCUGAUGUACAUGACGAGCAUGAUGUAAACGAUCGCAACGAAGUACACGAAGAGCCAUACAUUACUCCAAUAGAACAACUUCAAUGGCAUGCAGCACAAUUUCUUCUGCAUAUUCGAGAAAGCUGCAAGAUUUCUCAAACUGCUGUUGAUUGUAUAAUUGACGGUGUUCAGAAUUUACUGUCUGUGCAUUCGUCCAUUAUACUGAAUGAUCUUCAGCAGCAAGUAGAUCAUGCGACAAAUUGUCUUGAUUUUGACACUGUGAAGGAGAUGUAUGAACAGAGGUACCCUUCCUCAAUGCUGUUCUCCAAAGUGCGUUCGAAGUACUGUCUUGACAAAGUGCUUCUUGAGGAACUUCAUAUGGUGAUGCCACAAAAACUCGUUCUUUAUAAGGAACUUGCAUGGGUUAAAAAGAAACAAACUCCAUGUAUACGGGACUUAGUCGAGGUUCAACGUUGUGCAUACAUUGUACCGUUUCUGGCCAAUCUAAACAUGCUCCUAUGUAACGAUGAAGUACGGCUUAAUGUGGAAAAUGCGAGGGCACAAGAAGGUGAUGUGCUAAAGUCGGUGUUACAUGGUUCUCAUUACUGCAAGAACGAAUUUUUUCGUAAAAAUCAAAACGCCUUAGCCAUAAUUCUUUAUUAUGACGAUCUCGGGGUAGCAAAUCCAUUAGGUGUCAGUGCAAAAAGUCAGAAACUAUCCAUGUUUUACUGGACUCUUGCGAAUAUCCCUCCUGAAGUACGAUCGACACAGAAUACAGUCCAAUUAUUAGCAAUCGUCAAAACUGAAUAUUUGAAAAAAGGUGGGCUUCAAAAGGUACUAGAACCAUUCAUCGCUGAUAUUAUAACUCUGCAAACCCAAGGAAUCACUGUAAAUGUCACGAAACAGGAGAAAAAGGUUUUUAAAGGAUCACUUCUAUUUUGCGCGGGGGAUACUCCGGCAUCUGCGCUGAUGGGCGGCUUUAAAGAGUCCGUAUCAGCUUAUCGUCCAUGUCGCCAAUGUAUGACGACGAAACACGACUGGAAGACGAAUUUCUCAGAAGACAAUUUCAUUUUGCGAGACUAUGCAACUCAUGAAGAUCAUAUAGCAGCAAUUAGUGAACUCCAUGUUCCGAAGAACACUAUCGAUUUUUGGAAAAAACGAUACGGUAUCAACAACAGAAGCCCAUUAUUGGAUAUACCGAAUUUCGACGUGACUACCUGUUUACCUCAAGACACGAUGCAUGUCUUGAUCGAAGGCAUCGCUGUAAUUGCUUGUCGAAAAUUGUUGACAUUUUGCAUAGAAGAGAAACAUCUUUUCACGUUAGACGAAUUCAUCGCCGCAGUCACUUCAACUACGGACCUUUGCAAUCGGACGCACCUGGAGUUAUAUUACAAGAUCAUCUCCAUGCAAACGAUCAUUUAUGUCAAACAGCAUCACAGAUGA